CACGCAGUACACCUCUGCCGCAGUAGACCAGUAGUCCAGUAGACGCAGCCACAGCACCAUCACCAUGUCCACACUCCUCGCAGUCACGCUGGCCUUGGUCACAGUCAACAAUGUCCUCGCCAUCACACAAGUCAACGAAUGUUCAGGCCAUAGCAGUGGCAAGCGGCUAGAAGUGAACAUACACGGCUGUGAGGCGCCUCCCUGCGUCCUCAAGAAGAACACCAACGCGACUGUGGAGAUCAGAUUUGUACCUGUCCAAAAAGUAGAAAAGCUGGUGAACAGAGUGUUUGCAAGGGUGAUCUUCCCUCUGCCAUUCGUUGGUGUGGAUGGUGAGUCGUCGUGUGACAGCAUCUACCUGCCUACUGGAGGCAAGGCUGGGUGCCCUGUGGAUGCUGGGACUGAGUAUCUCUACAAACAGUCGUUUGAAAUACACUCCUACUAUCCAUCGAUCAGUCCUACUGUUCACUGGGCCCUCCUUGAUAGUGAUAGUGGUGAAAGUGUUGUCUGCUUUGAAGUCAAAUCUAGUAUUCAGUCAUAGACCAGAUCAAAUCUAGAAAAAUAUAGUGAAAUAAUAUAAGUUUUUACCAUUUGAUAGUUAACGAUUAUCGAUUAGUGCUUGUUGUUUUUAAAUACUUUUGUUUACUUAUACUUUUGUAAGUUUUAAGUCUUCAAAUAAAAUAUUUUAUUAUAAUA